AUGAUGUCUGCUACUAAAAAAAAUUGCCAAAAUAUUGAUAUUGGUGUUCUUAAUAAUAUUGACGAAGUGGAUCGUAGCCUGGGUGAUCCUCCAAACCUCAUCGCUGUUGUUACCGAUAUUAAAAAUGGUGCAUAUCAGGUUGGCACUGCUGGCGGUAUUAUUAAAUCUUGGUUUAAUAGACCAGACAUAGAAAAGUCAACAUCUAAUUUUAAUACUGUGAAUCAGUGUGAAAAUGAAAGAUUGGGAAAACUAUCCAAAUACCAGGCAGAAUUUCUGUCACUAUUUUUCAAUAUUGAAGAUUCCACUACAGAAGAGCAAUAUGCAAUGGCUGUUCUAGCUUUAGGAAAUAAAGCCAACCCUCCAGAGUUUUAUGCUCCUCUUUUACAAAAUAAAAACCUACUUAAAAUCAAUCACGAACAAUUUAGUUCCUCUAUAGGAGUCAUCGACAAAUGUUUAUUGAAACUAAAAAAUAUUAGAACUCAGGAUACUUUUUUAGCAGUUGUGUUAGGAAACGCCAUGGAUGCCAUUCGUGUGCAACCCACUACAGUAGCCAGAAGAAAUCCUGGAGUCACAAGAGGCAGCAAACGAAUGCCAACUGGUCGCCCAGCUUCUAAUGUAGUCAUCAAAAGAGAAAAACGAAAACAUAAUUUGACAAGUAAUGUGCUCAACAAUGUACCUCAUGCCAAAGGGCAUGGUUCUGGGCAUUAA